GGGAACAGUGGCAUGCAAUUAUUGAGCCCUAUGCCACCAUACUGCCAUAUAUGGUGGGUGUAGGGAACCAUGAGCAGGAUCACUUGAAGGGAGGAUCCAAGGACCCAAGUGGGGCCCCUGGAGAAGGCUUUCAUCCUUGGUGGGUAGAAGGGUAUGCAUAUGGCACUGAUUCAGGUGGUGAAUGUGGGGUUCCAAUGUACUACCGUUUCCACAUGCCUGAUAAUGGAAAUGCAGUGUGGUGGUACAGCUUUGAUUAUGGCAGCAUCCAUUUCAUGAUGAUGAGCACAGAGCAUAACUUUACACAAGGAUCUCGUCAGUAUGAAUGGAUGGAACAAGACUUGAAGAAUGUCAAUCGCUCUCUUACCCCUUGGGUAGUGAUCGCAGGCCACAGAGCAAUGUACACAAGUCAGAAAGAGGAGUGGGAUUACAUCGUCUCCUUGGGCAUGCAGCACGCAUUUGAUUCCCUAUUGUAUAAGUACAAAGUUGAUCUGGCGUUCUGGGCUCAUUACCACAGCUAUGAGCGCACUUGUCCUGUAUACCAGCGUCAAUGUACACCAGGAGCACCUGUUCACAUCGUCGUAGGGACGGCAGGGAAGGAGUUGGAUUUAGAGGAGUAUUUUCCUGUGAGCUGGUCCUUGUAUCACGAAAAUGACUAUGGAUACGGCCGGCUGACUCAGGCAAAUCGGUCUGCGCUGCUCUGGGAAUGGGUUGAGAAUACAAGCGGAAAGGUCAAAGAUCACGUGUGGCUGACGAAGUGAUGAUCGCCUCAUUUUGUGCCCCCCUCUAUUCCUCGUUUGCUUUAAAAUAGAAACUUGUGAAUAGGGCAGUCUUGCACCGUGUUUCUGAAACUAAUCUUUUAUUGCAUCACAUGGGAAAAUUUUGUACUCUAGUAGCACUGAAGAGAGUUUUAUUUGGUUAAAGCUGUCUUUUGUGAAUUGAUUCAUUAGAAAACUGACGGGAUUUGUCCUGACAACUUCUAACAGCGGAUAAUCCAUUUUAAGACAGACGGCCAGAUUUCGAGCAUAAGUUGAUUAAUUAUCCCGUAGACUAAAUUGGGUUACUCGAUGCAGUGUCCAGAAUACACUGAAGUGGGUUAUCAGAGACAUUAAUCAGUUAACGACAAAGUAAACGAGAAGUUCUUCCCCUGAUGGCACUAGCCAGUUUAGAUGAAGAGGACUGAACACGAAAAAUAACACUUUUUACCAAUAUUUAGCUCUAUCUCGUAGAACUGAAUAGGUUUUUAACCCUCUGAUAUGUGAUGCAGAUGAGUGAAUGUUGUUGAAAUCUUCCUAUUGAUUGUCUCAGUUAAGGUUAUCUUACGGCUUUGUUGGGCGAGUUGGUACCCUUAAUAGGUACCCGUGCUCUCCGCCCUUGUUGCACGCACCUAGCGCCUCCUCCCCGCAACCAGGAGCUCAAUUCAAGGUAGCUAGUUACAGUUCCCACGUGAAAGGAUCAAGCAAUUGUCAUGCUUUACUCUGGAGGCACAAAACGUGCUUACGCUAGAUUAAGUUUGUCUUUUUUAAAACGAAAUGUGCGAAUAACGAAAAAUCAAUUUAGAAGGACGAUCUUGAUUAAUUUCUCGUAUUCUAGAGAUUGUUUUCCUAGAAUUCCUAGACUUUGGGAUCGGGAUCAACAGGAUUUUUCACAGAAUCAAGACUUUAGACGAAACGACUCUUGGACAAAAGACCGGAUACGAACAAGAAGGGGGUAAAAGGGGUGAGGGGGCCUGGCCACGUUUUACAGCAAUAAUAAUAAAUAAUACAUCACGAAAAAUCAGAUGGAAACCUUUAAGGUUCGCCUAUCGCGAAAAAUAAAAAAUCUCAGUUCACGGGGUUUUAAAUUUGUAUUUCUACUGGUUUUGAAAAGUAAAAAGAUUUGACCCCAUAUCACGCAAUAAUAGUCGUUCCCUAUCAGGUUUUUCGAUGUCAUGUCGCGAAUUUGACAUAUGUGGUACCUACACCAUCAUUGUGGACAAAAGUCUCAUACUGGACAAUUAUAAAGGAGGAUGAAGUUGAAACAUUAGAUAAUACUAGUACCUGAAUAAUACUAGUUUUUAACGCAUAAAGGUAUUUUUUAGCCGGAUCGUGUACCAGGCAAUACUGAUGACGUAUCCUCAUUUUUUUAUGAGAAUGGAGAAUAAAGUUAUUUAUUAAGA